CUGCAUUCAAAAAACCCUGGCGCUUACCUGAGAGUUAGCAGAGUGGAUGUGCCGUUGACUGUGGAGUUAGCGUCCUUAGUGUGGAAUCCCUGAUCUCUCAUUAGGAGCCGCUGGCUGCUGCAGCAGGGAACUGGGUUGGCUAAAAAAAAGAAAAGAACAUGGAGGCAGAUAUAAUUGCAAAUCUUCGAUGCAAGCUCAAAGAGGCUGAAGAAGAGCGAUUAAAAGCUGCACAGUACGGUUUACAACUAGUAGAGAGUCAAAAUGAAUUACAGAAUCAAUUAGAUAAAUGUCGUAAUGAAAUGAUGACCAUGACUGAGAGUUAUGAACAAGAAAAAUAUACCCUUCAAAGAGAAGUUGAACUCAAGAGUCGAAUGUUAGAAAGUUUCAGCUCCGAAUGUGAAGUUAUUAAACAACAACAAAAAAUACACCUGGAGAAAUUGGAACAACAACUAAGCAGAAGCCAUGGGCAGGAAGUGAAUGAACUAAAAACUAAGAUAGAAAAACUGAAAGUGGAAUUAGAUGAAGCUAGGCUUAGUGAAAAGCAGCUGAAGCACCAAAUAGAUCAUCAGAAGGAACUCCUCUCUUGUAAAUCAGAGGAACUGCGCAUAAUGUCUGGACGUGUGCAGGAAAGCAUGUCUUCAGAGAUGCUGGCUCUUCAAAUUGAGCUGACAGAAAUGGAGAGUAUGAAGACCACCCUCACAGAAGAAGUGAAUGAACUACAAUACAGACAAGAACAGCUAGAACUUCUCAUUACUAACCUAAUACGCCAGGUAGACCGGCUUAAAGAGGAAAAAGAUGAGCGAGAGAAAGAAGCAGUUUCUUACUAUAAUGCUCUAGAGAAAGCUCGUGUAGCAAAUCAAGAUCUUCAGGUGCAGUUGGACCAGGCACUCCAGCAAGCCUUGGAUCCUAAUAGUAAAGGCAACUCUUUGUUUGCAGAGGUAGAAGAUCGAAGGGCAGCAAUGGAACGUCAGCUUAUCACUAUGAAAGUCAAGUAUCAGUCACUAAAGAAGCAAAAUGUAUUUAACAGAGAACAGAUGCAGAGAAUGAAGUUACAAAUCGCCACAUUGCUACAAAUGAAAGGGUCUCAAACUGAAUUUGAACAGCAGGAACGGUUGCUUGCCAUGUUGGAGCAGAAGAAUGGUGAAAUAAAACAUCUUUUAGGUGAAAUUAGAAAUCUGGAGAAAUUUAAGAAUUUAUAUGAAAGUAUGGAAUCUAAGCCUUCAGUCCACUCUGGUGCUCUGGAAGAUAACACCUAUUAUACAGAUUUACUUCAGAUAAAGCUGGAUAACUUAAACAAAGAAAAUGAAAGCACUAAAGGUGAAUUGUCCAUACAGCGAAUGAAAGCAUUAUUUGAGAGCCAACGGGCUCUGGAUCUUGAGCGAAAACUUUUUGCAAAUGAAAGAUGCCUACAGCUUUCAGAAAGUGAAAAUAUGAAACUGAGAGCUCAACUAGAUGAAUUAAAACUAAAAUAUGAACCUGAAGAGACAGUUGAAGUGCCUGUACUGAAAAAGAGGCGUGAGGUGCUGCCUGUGGAUAUAACCACCUCUAAGGAUGCAUGUGCCAACAACAGUGCUGCCGAGGGAGAAGUUCAUCGAUUACUGCCUCAGAAACAGGAGACACAGUCCUGUCCUAGCAGUUUAGAAGAUAACAACUUGCAACUAGAAAAAUUAGUUUCUAUAAACACACCAGUAGGCACUCUGUCUCCUCACAAAAAUCUGCCCAUGGAUAUGCAGCUAAAGAAGGAAAAGAAGUGUGUGAGAAUCAUAGGAGUUCCAGCUGACUCUGAGGCCUUAAGUGAAAGAAGUGGAAACACCCCUAACUCUCCCAGGUCAGUGUCCUCUUUUCCUCAAGGCAACCAGCAGACCUCUUCAUCUCUCCUGUCUCGCUGCAUGAACUGUGCUGUCUGUUUCUUUAUCUACUUUCUUAGUAUUGCAUGCAGUAUAAUUCCUCAGUUUCAUCUACCUACUUUCAACUUUUCCAGAACUUUGAGAAAGACUAAAAUGAUUGCAAAGGGAAAGUACUCCUGAAUAAGCGAAUCACAUUAAAAAGUCACACAUUUCUAUUUCAUGAAAGGAAAUAUCACAGUCUAACACGUCUCUGAAUGUUUUAUCAGUUUGAAUAAAUGUACUGUUAUUUUUCUCUUGGUCCAAGCAUGACCAUGAAAGAAAAAUUAACUCACUUUCUCAAAGGGCUUUCCAGUAGUCUAAGAAAUUUCAGCCUUCUAGAAAAUGUAGGUGAACUUUUUAUGUCUUUUAAAAUUGCUAAUCCUAGGCAUUCAGAAAUGGGCUUUGAUACUUAUUUUGACAUUUUUACAUAUCAAGGCUAGUUCAUUUUCAUUGUUUCAAACCUCUAGUUUCUGCAUAAUUGAGUUUGUGACUAAAAGAAAUAGUGUCAGACAUGUAUGUCUGAAGGAAUUAAUGUCCCAAGGGCUUUGUCCUUUAAAAAAAUAAUCGAGGUCAGAAGGUAAGAGAAAGUGAACGAAAGGGAAAAGUAAGUAGCAGUGGCUAGGCUAGAGUUCUGGAUGUGUACAGCAGGAGAAAUGAAUGAGGAAAUUGGAAAAGUAAAAGAAAGAUGAAAGAUGUCUGCACGCAGUGGGAUGCUAGAGGCAUUUAAAACAAAUACCGGUAGGCAUUCAAAAAGUUAAGCACAUUGAUGUAACAAUAGGUAACAAUAGCUAGCUUGGAUUAUUUCCUAUGAAAUGAGAUCUUGAACGUGCUACUAGGGCUACAUUCGUCUUAGAGAGUAGAGACAGAUUAAUAAGACAUUUUACUAACGUACAUUUGAGUAGAAAGAGUAUGACACAGCCCACAUCAUAUAAAAGGGCUUCCUUAUAUGUUUUAUCUGAUUUCUCUCCAAGUCUUCAGUGCUACUAAAUGUAAUACUCAACAGUAAAAGCACUUCAACAAUGUUAGCUGCUAUUAUUAUAAAGAAUAGUAAUUUAUUACUCCCUCCUUGGAUUUUUAUAUAAUGUUAUAAUCUGUGAGUCACAUAAAAUAAAAGUGCUAUUCUUAAGUAAAAAGUAACUUCAAAUGAAUAUCUGCCGCAUACACAUGGUUUCAAAGAGUUCUGAAACAAAUGCAGCAGAUUAUGCCUGUUUAUAUGUGAUGCAUUGUGUAAAUGUGCUUGGCCAGUGUGUAUUUCUGGAGGUGGAUUUCCAGAAUUGAUAAGUACCAACCUUGCUGUCUGUAUUGUCUUCAUUUCUUUUUCUGCCUUUUUUGCUUGAUAAAAAUUACUUAAGCAAAUGUAUGUGGCUAACUGACUCUAAUUAAUUAGCACAUUGGAAACUUUUUGUCUUGUUAGUUAAACAAAAAAAUAAAAUACCACAAAACAUUUGUGUGUGUGUGUGAGUCCAUCUGCUAACUUGUUUCCAACUCUGUUUUCUACAUGUUUUGCGUAGAUGCACAAUCCUAAGAUAAUUUUGGAACAGUAAAUAUGGCUUUUAUUGGGAACUUUACUAUUGCAUGCUUUAUAAAACUAAUUGGUGUUCUUGUUAUCAAGAAUCUUUACAUGCCUUUAAAAAAAUACCUCUCCACUGUUUACCUUUUCUUUAUUUUGCUAGUUGAAACUCAGUAUUUUACUAUGAAACAAAUAGACAUCUAUUUGUACAGCACAAGAUUCCACGUUAUUUUUGUCUUGCACUUAGCCUUUUGUAUGUCAUUUACAAUUAAAAUAUUGCUGUAACAUUUCAGUUUUUGUGUUAAGUGCUUAUCAUGAUAGGUGCUCUGUCAUAUUUUAAUUCUUUAAUUUAGGCCUUGCCGUGACUUUGUAAAGAUACUCUUUAAACUUAAAAAGUAAUUGAGCCUAUUGAUAUAAAAAGACUCUCAGUGAGACAGUAACUUAAUAUUCUUAAUGGUAUUGAACUAUAUUUUUUUCCUUGAAGAUCAUGCCUCAUUGGAGGCCCAUUAUACUGGGGGUUUGUUUUCUUCAAUCCUUCUUAACCACAUUUGAAUUCAGAGUGGAUACUUUAAUGCCUGUAGGUUAGCUGCUGAAUCAAAGCUUCAAACAGAAGUUAAAGAAGGAAAAGAAACUGCAAGCAAAUUGGAAAAAGAAACUUGUAAGAAAUCACACCCUAUUCUAUAUGUGUCUUCUAAAUCAACUCCAGAAACCCAGUGCCCUCAACAGUAAAGACUUUUCUUUAAUAAGAGUACAGUACCACUUGCCUCCAAAGUUACUGUGCUGCGUAGUUAAGAUCGUCUUUAUCUUAUGUAUACCACCUUCUGGGUUAUUUAGAUCUAUUUAUUGUGGCAGGACCUGGCAUUUUCAUGUUCCUUUGACCAAGUGUUCAGAAUUUGCUUGACUCUAACCUGGAGAGUUCUUUGAGUGAUUAUCCAUCCUGGAGUGUCUAUGACAGUGAGUAAACUAUUAACUGAAGGAAAAUAUUGUAAUUAAUAUAUCUAUUUUCUGUACUGUAUAUAGAUUAAGUGAUAAAAACACUUAAUCUACCUUCAGAGCCAUAUAUUUGAGAACACUCAAAUCAUUAUAUUUUCCUAUGUACUUUUAAAAAUAAACUUAGUUUUAAACUCUGUUAUAAAACUAGAAAACAUGUCUUAAAAAUAUACAUUAUAUGGUUUCAGGAUUUUGUCAGUGUUUAAAGAACCAAUGUUCAUUCAUCUUUGUGUUUAUAUACAUGAUUUAAAUUUUGUCUCACAUAAUUUUGAAAUUUUAAAUAAAACAGCAAUGAUUUAU